CAGCUCGCCAAUCUCGAAGUACUUUAAGAACUCGCCAGAACCCUUUUUUCUUUUUUUGCUGCUGGGUGAUUUCACCGGUUAGUCCACUCCGUACUCUGCCUCGUUGCCUUUUCUUCAUCUUCAGGGCUGUGCAAAGAUCAUCUGACUACACAGAAAUGACAACGUGUAUAUAUAUAUAUACCUACCUCAAAUACUUAUCUACCUGGAGCGUGUCUCACAAUUCUCUACAUAACUCAAUACACAUCCACCAGACAUUUUGAAAACGGUUACGAUCAUUGAUCAUUUGGAAUAUUGAUCAACAGAGUGUGCACCUGUCAAGCAAGUCCGAAGCAAAACAUAACCAGAACAAAAACAACACCUAACCAUGUGUUUUGGAGGAGGCGGUCGUGACGACGAAGCCAUCAUCAUCAGGAGGCGGGAGAGAAAGCAGCCUCGCUACUCUCGAGAAUACGUGUCUCGACCCGAAGUGGCGAGCUACCGACGUGAGACCGUCACCAGGCGAGAGACGUCCGGUCAUCGCCCAUCUCGAAGCUUCGACCACAAUUCGAGCCAUUCAUUCCACGACCCAAGACGCAGCGGGAGCAGAACACGGGUGGUGAGGGAGGAAAGAAGGAGUCGACAAUAUUAUGAUUGAAUGAAUUUGUACUCGUACUGGUUUGCAGCGUUGGAUGAGACGGAUGAUGAUCCACGAGUAUCCGAGAAACAGGCACCUCAACUGCAAAGUAUUAAGGAAGAAUCUGGUGUGUAAUCAUGGUAUGUAUGAGCAGGUGCUUCAGCUGCUGAUAAUGGUGGGAUGACAUCAUCAUUGGUGGUACCAGUUUAAAGGUACCAGUUCAUUAAUAGUACAGGUACAAGUACCACUGUGUUCUCUGUACUGGGCCGAGGGGAGGAAGUUAUCACCUCAUCUUUUCAAUUUGUUGUCUUCGAAGCAGUCAAUACAGAAUUACCUGAAUUCCCAUGCAGUACUCCGUAUUGUGCCUGCACUCAUGGAAACAUCGUGUACUUGUUCUACUCAUACCAGCCACAACAUUUGUAUCGCCUAGUAUUGUACAUGGAAAAUUGGUGGAUCACCAAGUCGAUAAAUUGGAGGUAGUUGAUCAUCGAUGCCCCUCCAAAUGCGCAAAAAGUGCCGUUGACGUCACUUGUGUCUCUGGCGUUCUUCCCUGCAUUCCAGAUCUAUCUUGAUCUUCCCUUUCUCCAGAAGCUCGCUGGAACAGAAUUGCAUUCGAUCUACUUCCUACCCCGUACGAGUAGACCAUACGGAUAUCGCUGCUGCACGCCUGAAUCCUUCGUCGCUUAGUACUCACCUUGACACUCCUGCCCACCAUGAACCGAGCCCUGUCCAUCCGCUCCCGUAAGAAGGACGACCAUGCCAAAGAAGCGUCCAAGCACACCUUCUCCAUUUCUACGCUGCGUGGAAUCCAGCAGGCUGAGCUCUCCAAGAAGCUUUACAAGUUGAUCAAGACCGAAAACCACGCCAUCGGCGCAUACGAGACUGCAGGUCGUGAGCGCCUGUCGAUUGCCUCGCAGCUGUCUGACUGGGGCGAGUCGACCAACGAUGAUGCCAUCUCGGAUAUCUCGGACAAGAUUGGCGUGAUUCUCUCUGAGAUAGGGGAACAGGAGGAUCUAUUCGCACAAAAUCUCGAGGACUACCGCGCCAUCCUCAAACAGAUCAGAAACAUUGAGAGCAGUGUACAACCCAGCAGAGAUCAGAAGGCCAAGAUCAGCGAUGAGAUUCAAAAGCUCAAGUACAAGGAGCCCUCGAGUCCUAAGCUAGUCACACUGGAACAGGAGCUCGUGCGCGCUGAGGCCCAGAACCUAGUUGCAGAGGCGCAGCUUACCAAUAUCACUCGUCAAAAGGUCAAAGAGGCAUAUGACGUGCACUUCGCCGCGACCAUUGAACGGGCAGAGAAGCAGAUCAUUCUCGCCAAGUAUGGUCGUCGUUUGUUGAACCUGCUCGACGAUACUCCCGUGGUGCCAGGAGAUGUGCGCCAGCCGUUCGAGCACGUCAAUGAAGCUAGGAAAGUCUUGUCUGAUGCCGAACAAGAAUUGCAGACGUGGGAGCCUCAACUUGAGCCAAUCCAUUCCAAUGCCGGUGGACUAGGAUCUAACCUGAUGCCCACCGGUACUACCUCCGAAACUGCCAGCGCCGCCGCCGAGCCAAUAGCCAGCCCGGUGCAGACUGAGAAGCCAGCAGCCGAGGCACAAGGCACCCACCUAGAGUCGGCGACCGCUUAGAAGGUGAGGAACUGGCAGGUACAACAGCAAACAAUGGAUUGCAAUACGGCGAAGGAAUGGGGUGAGGUAUAGGUAACAAGGGUGCUGAUGGUCUUCCUUAUCAGGUCAGGGUUCUCCGGUUCGUGGGGGUGGACGUGUACGAGUGCAGAAGAGACGGGAUUUUUUCCUUGAAUAGCAACCCAGGAGUUUGAUGACUUGUAUUUCCUAUAUCCUAUGAAUACAUCGAUUAGUUCUUUCGCUCUGACACAAAA